GGCACCGCCUUUGUGAUAUUAUACAAAAUUAGAAAUAAAUAAAAAAAAAUUGGUCGAGGCGGACCCAAGUGUGAAGAGAGGUUGUUGCUUUGCAGGUUUUUGCCCCCAUCAUGCUCCUUUCCUGUCUCUUGCUUUUUCAUUUUCUCUCUCUUUCUGUUCUUAGCUGUGCUGUUGCUCAAUUCCCAUACGACUUCUCUUCUUUUCUUCUUUUUAUUUAUUUAUUUUUAUUUUUGUGUGAUUCUCUGGAGUCUUGUCUCUUCCUUCCGCCUCUUCUCUCUCUUCUAUAAAUUACACGGGACCUCUCCUUCAUGAUCCUUCUUUCUCCUCUUGCCUAACUACACAGCUCUAUUUUUCAUUUCUUUUUUUUUAUUUCAUUUUCAGUUUUUUUAUGGUGCUCUGUUCAUGUUUACCACCUACUCCAAGAGUUUUUCAAAGGAUCUGUGCAGUUGAAGCUAAGGGAAGUUAAUUGUUAAUAUAGAACAAAAAAGUCGGAAGGAAAACUAUGAAGCAGGGUGCCAGCCAACAAAACGCAAUUGGAAGCAGCCGUGAGGAGAUGCGGAGCUCCAUUUCGGUUUCGGUUAUGGUGACGGAUCGGAGAGAGACUAUGGUCUGUCCGAAACCACGUCGUUUGAGUCUUUUAAACGCCACCUUCAACGACCACCCUGUUAGGUCCCUCAGAUGGCAACUUAGCCAUCAAGCGGAGCUUUGUGAUUCAAAAGCAGGGAGUGAUCUUUUGGAUAUGAUUCUUACAAAGGGUGGUUGUGCAGUGGAACAAAGUUGUGCACAAGUAGCGUCGUCGCCCCCAUUUUUUAGUGGGUCGCCGCCGAGCAGAGUAGCUAACCCAUUAAUACAGGAUGCUCGAUUUGGGGAUGAGAAGAUCAUCACCCCAAUGUCACCGCCUCCUUCGGGCUUGUCAUCGUCGUCUCCAUCGUCCUCUUCGAGGAAAGGAGGCUGUAUUCGGGUGAAUUUUGGCAAUAAACCAGCGGUGAGAGUGGAGGGGUUUGAUUGCCUGGACAGGGAUCGGCGGAAUUGCAGCAUCCCUGCGCUGGCUUAGAACCCGUUUCAAUCCACAAAAGAGUACAUAGAUAAAAGAGAGGAACUUUAAAAAAAAGAAGAGAUCAGGUUUUAAAUCACAGAGGAAUUUUGAAGUUCUCGGUGACUGAGAAGAAAAAGAAGAGGAAUCCUUUCUUAGUGUAAAUAUGCUUGAAGGGUCCUUUGUAUGUAAUGAAAUCAUGGUGUCUUCUUCUUGUAAGUAAAUGAGUUUGUUGGACAGAAAUAAAGAAAAGAGGCGUCGUUGAGGUGUCAUGUUUAGAAACAAUAUGAAACGAUAGUAGUCAUUGAUCUCCUAUUGUUUUUGUGUUGUAAGUAAGUGAGGAAGGAAGAAUUUUUCCUUUGGUAGUUUUGUGGUCGUUUAUCGAGAGAAAUCUGUACAAAAUCAAGCCAUUUAAGUAGACAUUAUUGGACAGUGUAUAUAAGCCCUUUGCGUUUGAUUCU